ACAACACAAAGGACGUUAUUACAAGAAUAUAUUAGUUAAGGUACAACUACGGAAGUACAGAAGUGAAAGAAUAACCACUGCAGUGUGGGCCAGUCCAUGGCGUACGAUUGGUUUGUGCGCGUUGACUAUCCUUGACCUUGACAGGGAUCAGUGAUCUGUUCGAUAUUCAAUGACCCUACAACUUGUCAGCUGAUAAUCAGCUUUCCCGUUAGAUAAUCGAAUGGAAUUCGUUAUCUCAACACGUGUUUAAAGCUCCGUCUGUUGACUCUUUCAGAAGAAAAUUCGAUCAAUUGAGAUACCAUAAUUAUCAGGACUGGCAUGGGCCACCUAAACUCAUGUACUUCCAAAACUGAAACUGAUGCGAAUUUUCACCUCCACGCUCGCUUUUUGAAAAUGGCAUUUACGCAAUAAGGCUUCUAUCUUCACCCCUAAUUGAGUUUAUUCAAGUCCAAUCAACUCCAAAAGUAUCACUUUUUAGAGACUAACUUGUCAUCUGAGCUUUUUGAGGACGUCGAUUUAGUUCGAAUUAGUUGAUUCCGACAAAUCAGCGUGUGUACGAAUGUCUAGUACAUUAUGGAAUCCGAUUUCCCCCAUACUGAGUAGGGCGUUUAGUUGCCGUAGUUUCAACUUAAUUCGACACUUCGAGCCUCAGACACCAAAAGAAGUCGGACCAAAUAAUCGGAACAAUCGCCUUCCUAGGUCGUAUGAAUUGAUGAUGCGAACCAUCCACAAUAGAAUAGGUCCGACCCAGUUACCUCGCAAAAAGCUGUACACCAUAUUGCUUUCUCGUCGGGAGAACAAAAUGUCGGAAUCAGUUAGAAUGUCCACUCCUGAAGGGCGGGCGCUCAUUUUUAAGAGACUUAUUGAUAAACAGAAACGUUUGUGGCCGCAUACUUGGUAGUUUGUUAGCUUCAAUUUCCCGGAUAUAUUUUUUAUAACUUGUGUACUUCAACUUUAACUAUCUUCAAAUAUAGUGCAUAUUAACGAU